AUGGCUGACAAAAAAGGACACCAGUGCUCUCCGAGUCUAGCCUGUCCGUUGUGUCUUGAAGCCUUCAAAAGCCCCACCCUCCUUCAGUGUGGACAUACAUUCUGUAAAGACUGCCUACAGCAUCACAAUGAGAAACAGAAAGGUUCAAAUUACGUGGAGUGCUAUGUAUGUAAGAAACGGACGAAGCUGGGUCAAGAUAGGAUUGCUGGACUCCCACCAAACUUUUCAUUGAAAGGCCUCCAGGAUGAUCUUUACGAUGAGUGUCUGUUACCAAACUCCUGUGUCCUGCACAAGACAGAGUGCAAGAACAUUUUCUGUGAAGUAUGUGAGGUAUUUAUCUGUAUUACGUGCUUCAUAGAAAGCCAUCAAAGUCACAGGAUAAUGAAGAAAGAAGACCUGGAAGAGGAGUUGAGAAAGAAAAAAGUCACUCUGAGUCAAGAGAGUAAAGUGAGGAAAACCAAAGCCAAACAGUUUGUGAAGAAUGCCGAGCGUCGAAGACGGGACAUAAACUCUCACCUUGGAGAAUUGGAAUGCAGCAUUAGAGAUGUGUUUGCCAAGAAAAUAACACUGCUCCAAGAAAAUGAGAAGAAGCUCAUUGAGGAGGUCAAUGAUAUUCGGGAGGAAGCAGGCAAGCAAUUGGAGAGCUGUAAUGCUGAUCAGAAAGAAUUGAUCAAGAACAUAGAGAGAUCUGAUGCAAAAUUAAAACCCAUCAUGACAAAGGAUGUAAAGGAUGAUACUCUUGUAGAAGUUCGUUUGCAUUGUAUUGAUCUUGAAAACUCAUUGAAGAAUACAAGCAUUGAGGGAGCCAUGUCACGAUUGCAAGCAGCAGAGGAUGCGCAGUUUCUUCCCAGUGAGAAGGGGCUUCUUGACCUGGGUCAUGUGGAGAUGGAUGGAAAGACAUCAGCAGUGAACGUCCAAUGUGAGCCAGCCAUUGCUGAUACAGGGAACAUCCAACGUGUCCCAGUCAUUGCUAAUGGAUCGGCUACGGAAACAGAAGAGUUGCAAGUGGAAGUGAAUGAUCAGGUUGAUGUAGAUAUUCCACCUGCAGUACAAAAUGGUUCCCUGACCAUCGUCAAAAAUGUUGAUUUACCUGAUAACUUGUUUGGCAUGGCAGCGCUAUCCCAAGACGCUGUGGUGGUAGGAUAUGGAGGGAACAGAAAGGGUUCUGAUUGCUUCUCUGUGUCGGGCGACCAGAAGCAACAUCUCAAGAGCGACGUCGGUCACAUCUGGGGUAUCGCCUGUCUCUCUCAUGGUCAAACCGCUGUGUCUUGUGAUAAUACAUGCCGGGUGUACGGUAUGCUUGGUGUAGGUGCUGGUAUGCAUUGCACCGUCACGGAGAGUAGUCGAUAUCUACGGCUAUGCGCAGACCGCCAUAGUAAUAUCUACGCUGUAAAUGGUAACCCGGAUAUUUUCAUCUUCAAUGGUACAUACGCAAAGAAAGUGAAAGUGUCUACUGGGCGUACUAAGCCAUUACAGAUAUGCGUUACAUCGUCAGGUGUCAUGGUCACCAAUACGUGUAUUCGACCGAGCAAAGUUACCGUGUUUGACCAAUCUGGUCAAGAAGGUAGCUCUAUAGAAUCUACUGGCCAUCACGACUACAUGUUUGCUGCAGUAGAUAACCAAGAUAGAGUGUUGGUCGCCAGACUAGGCUGCUGGCUAAGUGUAUUGAGGCUGACUAGGUAUACACUAGAUGAAACAACACUUGUAGAAGAGACCACAUUCAAGCAAAUCAAACUCCCUCAUAAAGCCAAUAGGUGGGGCGUUUGGUGUUACAUGGUGAGCCUAACACCAAACUUGCUCGCAUUCGCGAAUGGUCCACAUCUCUAUUUCAUAGAAAUUGCUGACUAA